AUGCUGUUUAUGGAGAUGGGCGAAACCAGCACGCCGUCCGGGGUUACAGCAGAUUUAGUCAAAGCACGGAGGAAGCCGAUGCCUACGCCGAGGACGAGUAAGCUGAAGGAGAAUUUAAAAGAUCUGCAGCGGUCAUCAGAAGUCGGACUGAGGUAUUCUCCUCGGCGCAUUGCGCCGGCGAUGGCUUCGGUUUGCACCAGUAUGCCGUUGCCCGACAUCGUUUACGACGUACCUUCGAAUUACAGUACUCCAAUAUCGCCUCGGACCUGUGACUUCCCGACCAACGACGACGUCUUGGUGUUCAGUAGUUCCUCCGAAGUCACGUCAUCGUUAGCCAUGUCCUCAAAACAUUGCGAUGAUGCAUCGAAAGGCCGGCCCACACAAAUCAAUCCGACUCUCAAAGACGAAACCGAAUUUUGUUUGUCAGGCGGUCAAGAAGCGAGCAGCCUUUCGAACUUCACAUGCGUCGCAAAAUACAUGUCAGUCGAAGACGACGAUGACGACGCGGGGUUGUCGGGAUCUGAGGGUGACGGCGACGGCAGUGACAUUAAUCACGACUUGUUUGACCUUCGCCGGCUCUCGUCUCCCUCGCCUAUAUCCCCUGUUGGCUCGAACGUUUGCUAUGCUGGCAGCCUAAAGGAAAAAGGCAAAGGUACGGUGAGCGGUAAGAAAGUGUAACA